AUGGCCUCUAGCAAAACCAUCGUCCUGAUCACUGGUGCCAACAGUGGAAUUGGCUACGAGACGGUGGUUGCCUUGGCAAAGGCGUCGCCAAACUAUCAUAUUUUGCUCGGGGCUCGAUCCCUUGAGAAGGGUCAGAAGGCGCUGAAUGAAGCCAUCGCUGCGGACAGCUCGCUGCAGGGCCGCAUCGAAAUUAUCCAGAUUGACGUUAUCGACAAGAGGUCCAUUGAGGCUGCCAGGGAGCAAGUCCAGGCCAAAUUUGGCAAGUUGGACGUGCUGGUCAACAACGCGGGCAUAAUCGUGCAUCGUCCCGACGUCGACACGCUCACCAGCCUGCGCGAGCAUCUCGGGACGAAUACGGUUGGCACCGCUAUCACCACCGAGACCUUUGAACCGCUACUAAAGAAGUCCUCCAGCCCGCGAUUGAUCCAUGUCUCAUCGGAUCAGGGCUCGAUCUCUAUGAGGCUGGACAAGAAUGGUAAGUGGUACAAGAUCCAAGCUGACGGCUACCGUGUAAGCAAGGCCGCCUUGAACAUGCUGGCGGCGUGCCAUAAGGCGAACUACGAGGAGUGGGGCUGCAAGGUUUGCGUCUUCAAUCCGGGAUUGUGCGUGACGAACUUGACGGGAGAGGCCGGUCGCCAAGUGCGCAUCGAUCACGGCGCGAGGGACGCCAAGGACGCGGCGUAUGCUCUUGUGGACACCAUUACUGGGAAGAGGGACGCCGAUAUUGACAAGUUCGGUGCGCAAUCCGGCAUUCUUGAUCUUGAUGGUGGUAUACUUCCAUGGUAG